GGUCUCGUGGUAUUCGAAAUGAAACGAAGUCAGGCAAAGGAUGGGAAGGUGAGAUUUUCUCACCUUGAAGAGGACUCAGCUAGCGAGGUUGAUGCUUCUCCUGAUUAUCAUUUUGCACCAUCGCAAGAGGAUUCUGAUCGUGGAGAUGAAAGUGAUGUGGCAACUGCGUAA